CCCAUUUGAUAUGACGUUCUGGUCCUCGAGUAUCAUUGCCCAUCAUAGCCUCUUUCUGGCUAGCUUACACUAUCCCAGCCUUGUGGAAGCGCGUCUUGCCCGCGUUUUCCAACACCACACUUUACUCAACAUCGCCAGCAUCAUAAGCAGAUUUACAGCAAUUGAGGUUCUGUAUGUCGUACUAGAGGCUUCAUGACGCAAAUUAUUAAUAUUUUAUUGCUAUGUUCGGCCAAGACGAACAUGACGCGUCGGGAGUUGGAACGCGUUCCGGUAUCCUAACUCCUGCAUCAGAUAAUUCUCUCAAUUCGAGUGAUGGUUUUGGGUCCAGCUCAAAGAAACGAAAACGAGAUGGCAGUACGAUGGAUGACUUGUUGAAGGACAAAUUUGUAGUCAAGCCCUAUCCGACAACAAAUUCUACCAAACAGCACACUCUGCAACCUCUGAUAUUACUUCCGCGAUCCCGCUUACCAUUAUCCUCCCUCGAUAUAGUAGCUUCGGCCAAAGCCCUGUCGCACUCUAGACUCUAUGAGGCACAUGUCAAGAUCUUAGAAUUGGAGGAACGCAUGGGCACCCAACCUAUGGUCUUGAUCGCAAGACUAGACGAUGCUCGGACAUUGUAUGCCGUGGAAAGAGAGAGUCUGGGGCUAUAUGUGCUGUGCCAGCUUGGAUCAUGGGUCAACCUCCAAGAAUUGAGAGCUGCAGCAGUGGCUUCAAAGCAGGAACUUCCGAGGGUGUCUGAAGGACCCAGCACUAUCUUCCAAGAAGCUUCGCUCCCGACGGUCACACCUGAGAUCAACAAGUACAACAAAAAGAAACGGUUGGCGAUUGAGGCUAUCCAAUCUAUGGUGAAGCGUCCGAUAUCAAAUACAUCGGCUGAAUCACAAUCUAUCCCGUCUGAAUCUGCUCCCGCUUUUACGUCUUCGGCAGGAGAACGACCAGAUCCAGCGCCUAUACUGGAUGAUGUUGUCUCGCAUCCUGAUGCCGCUGAGAUAUUUGAAAACGUACGGACACAAUACUUUGAGGCCUUAUAUCUUUCAAUGGCUUCCUUGGCAUACUUUGCAAAAGGUCCUCUCUCACGAGCUCGAGCUGCAUUCCACAUGGACUUUGAUUCAACCCUUGAUUUGAAGGACCAUGUUAAUUUUCUCGAGAGUCUCAUCCUGUCAAACGCGCUGAUUGAUAGUAAAUACCGUGAUGGGGUUCCAACUUGCGUUUCUCUUCUCGAUAUUCAAGAUCAGAGUGAGGACAACGCAAAUCCCACGGCAAAGGUCAAGAGAAGGAAGAGCAACAAGAAGCAGAAGCCAGGCAAGAACGGCUUGUACCCAACAGAAGAUACACUUAUUCGGAAGUGGUGGAACAGUCACGACGAUGAAGCAGAAUCUGGAGCACCUGGAGAUUCCCGAGAUGAACGUACGAAACGUCGAAUAUCUCAACUACGUAUUCGGGAGACACAGCUGCAGAUUAUUAUUAUACUAGAAGUUCUGGCUCUUCAGCCUCUGGCAUCCAGUUCAGAAGACAUUGGGGAAGAUCUCCCCACGGCUCUUCCGACAAUUGAACCAAUGGAAAGCAAACAAAAGCAGGGCAAAUCGAAGAAGCCUCAGGACUUGACCAUGCUCAUUGAUCUACACAUAGACAGGCUCUGUAUUUGGCAGUCGGUAGCCCUGGAAGAAGCGACGAAAGGGCAUUCUAGCGAAUCACAGAACGUCAGUGAGAACAUAGAUACUCCUACAGCUCGAACCAGCCACACAGACAAUAUUUUGAGGGACUUCUGUGUUGAAGUGAUCGCGCCAUUCUUCUCGUCUCGUCUUCCCGACAAGUGUGCUGCCAUUAAUCGUAAACUUGGUGGUCCUGUAGUUGUGUCUCCUCCCAGACCAAAGCUAUCCAAAUCUGCAAGCUUUUCUGGGGCGCCUUCGAGGCCUGGCGCUGCUACUAAACGUCCUGUUCCUGCCAAACCUCGUCACAGUCUCAAACGCGUUUUGACUGAUGAUCGCGAACGUCGAAGCAUGUCUCGAGGCCCCAACAAAGCCAUUUCCCUCAUGAGAUCCGCUACCAUGCCGAUUGUCCCAGGCAUGAAGCGAGAAGCUAGUGAAGCUCCUUCAUUGUCUAGUAUUCCAUCUGCGGACUCUCAAACAGUCGAGGCGAAUAGAGGUGGACUGUUGAAUUCGAGACGAUUCUCUCGACGAGAGAUCGACUUGAGCGCUAUGGCUCCGAAACCAAAUGCUAAAGCGGAGAAGCAAGCUGUCAUCCAGGCAGAGUUGAAGGAAGCUAUAUCAGCGCUUAAGAAACCCAAUCGUGAGCUAGCCGGUAAAUCAAUUGUGGAAACGGCCGAGAAGCGAUCAGCCUCGAUUUCUCGAAAAUCCAAAAAGCCUGUACGGAAUCCAUUGUUUCAAUCAGUACAGAUUUCUGCUACACCUAAGGCCAAUAGGCAGAGGGAUAUGUUUGCCCGAUCCCAACAUUCUAGUGGCGAGAGAUCUAUGAGCGACUUUAUGGCAAUCCCUCCGUCGAGCCUGCCAAUGAUCCCACAGUCUGUUUCUCGGUCUUCGGGUGGCUUUCCAACAAGGAAUCCAUUCCUGUCAUCUGUUCAAGCAACACCAACACGAAAACCUGUGCCAUCUUUCUCGAAUCUGUCUGGGCAUGCGGGCGUCUUUUCUGGAGACUGUCCCCCGUCUUCACCAUUACACAUAAGGCGAUCGAGUGCUCAAUUAUUCCCUGCUAUACCGGAUUCAGCAAUGAAGAAGUUCUCUAAUACUUCUGGGAUUGCAGAUACGCCUGUAAAGGCAACGACUGGACAUGCCCAUCCCUCUACAUUAGAGAUAGGCAGCGACAAAGAAAAUCUCCGACAAGGAAGCGAGGUUGAAAAAGUUUUCAAUCAAAGUAAGAAUCAUGAUGUAACGAACAAUGAGUCGAUAUACAAGGCGCUUGGAUGGGAUGACGACCUUGAUGAAUUGGCAUGAAUUGCAUUGUAUGGGGUGUUUCGGGUUUAGCAUUGUACAGUUUUUGCUGGUUGCAUGGGCAUAGCGACGGUGCUUGGGGCAUUAUAUCAGCAUUGCAUUGCAUACGGAGGUACAUGUUAGAAGUCACGAGGAAUCAAACAGACUACAAGUACCGG